GUGAGUUCCUUCACGUCGAACGGUCUUUAAAUGGUCUUCUAUUUGUACCACGCUGGUAUGACAGGCACUAAUAUUGCCUAUGGUGUUGAGUGAAAUUCAAAGUACUUUUUUUCCUUUUAUUUUAUAUUUUUUAAAUGCUUGUCACACGGCUCUGGUGAGAAUUUUUUUGUAGUUAACAAUCAAUCGGUGAAACAAUUUAACCUAUAUAUGUGUAUGAAGACAUUUUGUACUAUCUGACACUAAAAAAAGGGAUUAUAUACUUCACCUAAUAGUCAUACGUCAUAACAACGAUAUUUUUCAUUUGUGAUCAAGAUGGCCAAACAUUUGAGGAUACUGAUCUUGCUUGGAAUAGCUGGAGCCUUUGCAUCAAUAGAUGAUAAUACGACGUUAGAGCCAUCUUCUGUAGCAGAAUACAAUGUUACGUGUUCACCAAAAUGGAUGAUUGUAACAGUGAACGUAAAUUCCACAUCUGCAACAGUGUACUUAGAAAAGCUCAAACUAUAUCCAGGUUGUCAGCCUGAACAACUGGAAGGAACUACUUUUUUAUUUAGGUUGCCUUUAGAUAACAUUUAUUCAUGUGGUACGACAAAAAUGCUCAAUAAGCUUACGGGCGUUCGCAUUUACUAUCACAGAAUCAUGGUUGAACAUCCGAAAGAAGAACUGCAGAUGAUUUUGGUAUCAUGCAGUUUGCCUCCUACCCACAACACAUCUAAUCCAGAGGUGAUGCUGGCCAGAUACCGUAGAAAUAUCCUCCCAGAGAAUUUUGUAGAGCCUGACCAUGUGAACAUCACGGAUUACAUUGUUGCGCAGGCACCAGUGCCAUACCUUAACAUCGCCGUCCGGCAACAUGGCCGUAUUUUAGACACGACGCUGAAUGUUCAACCUGGAACACCACUGGAAAUGCUUAUUUAUCUGGACAAAAAAAGUGCUGAUACUUAUGGGUUGCUGACCAGUUUUCUAAAGGUAACAGACAGUUCACCAGAACAGGAAGAAGUGAUAAUAAUGAACGGAUGUUCCAUUGAUCCAUACAUUUUUGGCAACUUCCAGUCUCUAGAAAAUGGCGAUGCUCUUUCUGCCAAAUUCCGGGCUUUCAAAUUUCCUGAUGCCAACUAUGUCCUCUUUGUUGGCACUGUCAGCGUAUGCCUUCAGCAAUGCAAAGGCGUGCCAUGUGGCAAUGGUCAGUUGGGCUACGGCAGGAGAAAGCGUUCCAUACCUACAGAUAUACCUCUUGAUCCAAACAAAGUGUUUGAAGUUGAGAUGACCACAUUUCUCAGGGUGGAUUAUGCCCCAGAACAUUUCACACUUAAUAAAGGUGCGCUGAAAGGUGAUUUUGUUUCACAACAGAAGAAAACGUCUCAAGUAACUAACAUCACUACUUAUAGCACAACAAACGAGAUGGCAGCGCCUCUUGUCAACAGUGCCAUAUGUUCAAUAAGUUGUCCAGUCUCUCUCCUUGCUGUACUUAUGAUUAUACAGUUACACAGUCACAUUUGUUGGAUGAACUGGAAGUGAACUGUAAUGCAUCACGUGUGAUUUAAAGCCUAAUAUCGCCAAGUUUUACAUCAUUACCCCAACAGGGUGGUUCAUGAACUACUUGAAUAACUCAUUAACUAUGGACUCGUGCAUUGUGUUUGUCCUGAAAGCUGUUUCAAGAGGUGUAGCUUUUUGUUUUCAAUGUGUAUUUCUUAUAGUUGAUUAUUGACAAUUUAAUUUGUGUUAAACUGUGUUUCUUUCUUUUAAUUUAUUUUGUUGUUUCAGAACUACUGAUUAAAAACUUUUUUUACAUACCAACUAAGUUGCCCGGCUUUGCACGGUCUACCUCGAAAAUAAAAGAUCAAUCAGACUGGAACGAAAAAUAAAUCUGUAAAAUUUCCCGACAGAUCGUGAAAAAAUAACCCAAAAGGAAAAUGUUUAAAUCUCCCAAAUACCCCAAUAAGCCGCGAAGCAAAAGUAAACACUUUAUUUGGUUAUAAUAGAGAAAAAAAUGAUCACAAAUCUUUCUUUUCGAUGCAUUAAUUCACGUUAAUUAAAACUGAACUUGCCACAGGCGAUAAAUUUGAGAUUUAAUAUUGUCACAAACCUUUCUUGAUUUAAAAAUGAUUAUUCCCUUUUUCCCGGUGACUUUACAGCGUUGGUGGUUUUAAAGCGUUGGUGGGUUUUUUUUUUUGGUGGUGGGGGGAGGAAGUAAAUCUGCUUCAAAGGGGUAUUUUUCACUGGCUUUUGAAUUAGACUGAAAUCAAACAGUUGGAUGAUUAUUUCGAGUGGGAAAAGCCAUUUUCGGGUCCUAAAAUUAAAAUCUAUACGGUUCAUUACUUUUUUGGCUUUUGAAAACCCCCUACGUUCUUUCUAGGUUGUCCAAGUACAUCCCUGCCAAAUAUUGCCGAGAUCCGACGUAAGCUGUCGAUUUGUAUGAGGAACAUACUAUCAUAUAUACAUAUAUAAUAAAUGUUUUAUUUUUACAGAGUAGGUAAAAAGACUAAUUUCAAACCAUGGAGAUUUUUUCACUAUGAUAAUGCAUUCCAAGAAGUAGAAAAAUUGUGCAUUUUUAUGCAUGUGCGCAUGCGUGUGUGCAUAAGACAUAUAUGUUGCAUUCUAUUCGGUUGUAUAUAGAAACCAUGAAAUAUAAAAAUACACGGAAUAAAUUGAGAUAAAUUUGAAUAUUUGCUAUUCAAGAAGUAAACAAAUAAAAACGGGAAAAAUACUAAACAUUACUAGAAUUUAUACCAGAAGUUUAACGUGUUUGAUGUUAUGCUCCACAGCCUAAAUGUAAAAAUGCAAAUAAAUGUGAAAUUUAAAAAAAAUCGAAAAGGAAGAAUUAUUUCCCCUGAGCGGAUUUGUACUUAAUUAUUCAUGAAGCAUUGAUAAGAAAAAUAUCUUUUAAAUAUGGCCGUAAGUUCAAAUAAAUGAAUCCUGCGGUUCAUUAGGUUUUAAGAUUGAGAGCAAAUUCGUUCGAAAUAGUAGUUUCUAAUCUUUUUAUUUAAUUGCAUGUGUUAUAUUUUCGAAUGUUAAUUCAUUUCAGUGUGAAGAGCUUCAAUUUUCGUUAAUUUAGUGGAGCAAAGUAAUGAAUGAAUCGAAAUGCAAGUGCCAACAAUUUGACUUGUAAAUUGUUUAAAUUAAGUUAUACUUGAUACAACAAAAUAACUAUUUAAAAGUAGUACAUUUAUUUUUGUACAUUAUUGCAUCUUUGCAAUCAGUUUCAACAAAUCCAAAUCAGUUUGCACUAUCCCAAAUUUAUGGUUUGCAUGCUUCAUCAAAAGUAUAAAGAUUUUUUAAAUGGAAAAAUUACCUUAAAAAAACUAAAUUAAGGGGGGGGGGAGUUAAGUAACAGUCGGAUUUAGUCUUAAUUAAACGACUUAAGAAAAAAAAUAUUUCAAAAAAAAAAUCCCUCUUUUUUGUUAAGCUCAUUUAUUUAUUUCGAAUACUUUGCUGUUGUUAAGAAAGGUAUUUUAUUACUUCUGAAAAUUUCUGAAUUAUAUGUCAGCUUCGCGAGGCAAAAGUAAACCUUAAUUCGUUUCUAUUUUACAAAAAACGUUUCGGACAUUUAAAACUCGUAUGUCUUAUUUUUACGGAUAAUACACUGAAAAUAAAUCAUUUCUUAAAAUUGACUUAUUUUGGAGGAUAGUGUACUAGUGUAGCGUGAUAUGUUUUUAAAUUACAAUAAAAUUAUUUAAAUGUAGAGUUAUAUUUUUAUAUUGUUAAAAAACAGGUAUAAUACUUGAUUCAAAUGAUGUUAAAAGUAUUGUGUAAUUAAAUCAAAACUCUAAGAAA